ACAGAAAAACCUUUCCCCAAAAAAUUCCCAUCUUCCCCGAAACCGCAACAAUGUCAUCGUCUUCCUCAACACUCUUCAUCGCUCUCCAAUGCUUCCAAUGCUCCACCAUGCAGGUAAAACAAAAGAAGAAAUGCAGCAACAAGUGGAAUUGCGCGGUAUGCAACGAGAAACAAUCGGUUCGCAAAGUCUUCGCACAGGGAUACAAAGCCAAGGACGUUCGCACGUUCGUUCAAACCUUCAACAUGUCUCGCAAAUCACUUGAAGAUGACCAGCAGUGGCUCCUUGCCGGAACCCUAACUCCCACACAGGAACAUGCUGAGGGAGAAUCUGAAUUUCCAAACGAGCUGAAUCAUAAGAAGUGUACCGAUUGGACCGUGUAUCUCGACAACGACGAUCAUCAGGCCGUCAAGAAAGCCGAACAAGAGCAUCACGAAGAUGAUUUUGAGCCAUUGGUAGUGACUGAGUUGCCCAAGGACAUGUUCAAGAAGCGCAAAUUGGUGGGUAAUUCAACUUCAAGAAAAGGCAGGCAUUUUGAAAGUCCACUAUUCCGAAACUCUCAAGAUGCGGAGAAGCCAGUAAAAGAUCAGCAAAGAAUCACAUCAUUGACUGAAACCAAUUCAGAGAGAAAUAAUAAAGUGACAACAACUAAUCAGAGGACUCAGAAAUGCAAACAAACAAUCAACAGUUCAGCUUCCAAAUGGAAUGACUACUUAACUGAGGACAAUGACAAGUUAGAAUUUGGAUGCAAGAGAGGCUUUAACUUCAAGGACACUUCAGGUUCAUCGAACUUCAACAACGAUAUCUUAGAGGCUAUAACUUGUGAGCAAAGAGUAGAAGAUGAUAUCCACCCUGAUUUUAUGUGACUUGUACAAAAUCAGGUUUUACAUAAAAGUGUUUGAUGGUGUGUAAGCGCACAAAUAAUAUUACAACUCCGCACAUGUUUCUUGUGCUUUCAGUUUUUUGUUCUUAAGUCUUAACCAUCCGUUUUUCCGGGUCAGAAAGUGCCGGUAAUUCGGAGUUCAUCUGAUAGAUAAAUAUAUUUUCACCAAGAUUGUUCUAAUCAAGAUUUGUCUUCUGCUGUCAUUUAAAUGGAAUUGCAAUGAUAGAGGUUUGGAUAGGAUAUUAUACU